CAAGUCCGUCUCAAGAAUUUGGCGGGAAUGACAACAGUGGCUGUAGUGCUGCUCCGUAUGUUGUUUAGUUCAGUCCGCUCAGUCCUACACACCGGCGGGGCACGUAAUUACGACGCCACAGCGUAAAAAAAGGAAGAUCGAAUCGAUUGCAGCCAGUGAUUCUCGAGAAGUGAAUAAAUUUUACUUCAAUUAUAAGCUGAACCGAUAUUUCUGUGCGAGUGUAAAGAACCAUGUCCGGUGAGGAUUUCGUUGAUGAUUCGAACGACGGUGAUCAUUUGUUUGAAGAAAACGACGACUCCGACAGUGAUUCCAGUGGCGAUAAUGAGUUAUCUGAUUACUACGAGACGAGUCAAGAAAAAUUAGAAAGAUUGAAGAUCAUGCGAGAAAAGGUCAAUUGGGAGAUUCAACACGAGAGACUACAAUUUUUGUGGCAAUUUUAUUUUUUAAUCAUCGAUUGGUACGAACAUCUUCCAGACUUUCGAAACAUUUUUCGACGACAAGAAAUUGAUUUGCUUCUCAUUGAUUUUAUCAAGUUCGAUGUCAGCGUAGUUGAGCUAGCUAAGCUGAUCGUCCAAUUUAUGAUCGACGCCGGAUAUAAAGACGAGCCUGACUAUGACGAAGACCAAAAUCCACUGUUGCGUCGCAGCACACCGGUGCAUCAAGCCUUUCUAGAAUCUAGCAGAACUAUUAUCCCUGACCUUUUUAAAAUAUACGACAGAUUCGACGUGAAUUACACCGACGAGUCCGGCCUAUCGCAUUUUCACGUGGCCUGCUGGUCAGGAUGUUGCGACGUCGUCGUGAAAUUCCUCGAACUCGGACAGGAUCCCAAUCUACUCGCGCGAGAUUCAGUCGAUCCGCCGCUGCACUUGGCUCUGAAGGAUCGAAACGAGGCGAUGUUAAAAUUGCUUUUGAAAAAUGGCACCGAUCCAAACUCAACCAAUGUAGACGGAAUGACCGCUCUGCACGUUAUUUGCGAGACCAUCUACUUCAAUGGAUUUGUGGAGAUAAUCUUCAGCGUCAACGAACAUCGAGCGGUGCAAGUAGACGCCCGAAACAAGUUGGGCCGGACACCGCUGCAAUUGGCCGUGGCGAAUCUCUUGCUGAAUGAGCUCGAUGUACUAUUGGAUCGUGGCGCCGAUCUGUCUAACUUUGUUUUUCCAACCGAGAGUCAUUUUGCCGAGAGAUUUACGCAACGUAGAAGUGGGGUGCUUUUGGGCCUCGAUAAAAUAAAAUUGGCAUCGGAAACGAUGCAAGUCGUCGAGCGCCUCGAAAAACGGGGAUACCAACUGGACAAAAGUGACGCCAUGAAGAUCAUGAAAACAUUGAUCAAGCACGUAUUGUUCGAUACGGUUGAGGAUCUUGAAUUUUGGCGUCGCAACGAAGAAUUCGUGAGCAAAGCAAAAGAACUGAGGAUGAAUCCCAGCUCUUCGCUUUACGAUUUGAUUCAAUUACGACCCGACAAAGUAAAGUACCAACUCAGAGAUACGGACUACUUCAAGUUCGCAACUUGGAAUCAAUGGAGGAAGUUGCCCGAAGGAUCGCGCAGGGCGUCUAUCACGCACCUUUGCGAGACAAUGUGGAGAGGAUUUUUCCAGCAAUGGGCACUGGAAUCUUUGUUGCAGCUUACGCGCCACCGGUUGCCGAUUCUCUGCUGCGAUAUAAUCAUCGAGAAACUGAUGAACGAGGAUUUGUUGAAAAUAUGUCUGGCCACAGAAAUCGUGGCGAACGAAUAAAACCCAAAACACGCGAUACCGUUCGCAAAGGCAAUGAAGUUGCAACCACUCGAGUAUACAGCAAUGAAGCAAUAGAUCAGAUUUAAUAAUUCGUCCGAGAAAGUAUAAAAAAUAAUGUAAGUAACGAUAUGGUUUAUAAGAAAUGUUUCUUUGACGAAAAUUAUGUAUUUGAAUAAAAACGGAGAAAUCAUCCAAUAAGAAACGGAUUAGCUCAUUUGACCAGCAAGUAAAAUUACGAAUUUCCAAUUGUUCGAUAAUCGUGACUUUUUGAGCGAUACCAAAUCGAUGAAUCCCCCCGCGCGCAAUUUUUCCAUUAUAAGAU